AUGUUCACAUUCUUCUACUAUAAAUAGUGUUGAUUGGGGGAAUAUGUGACACAAAUCUAGUAAAGCAUCUUACUUCACAUUUUGAUAUUCAAUGGCAAACAAGUUCACUCCAAGGAUAUUCCUUCUUUUCCUUUUAACCUUAAUUCAAAUUCAUCAUGCAUGUUCCAAACAACGCAAGACUUACAUUGUCUACAUGGGUGAUCGUCCUAAGGGCAUUGACCCUACCACGUUACCUUCUCUUCAUUCAACAAUGGCACAAAAUGUUCUUGGCAGUGAUUUUGAGCCAGGAGCUGUACUACACAGUUACAAGAAGAGUUUUAAUGGAUUCGUUUUGAAAUUGACUGAAGAUGAAGCAGAAACAUUGGCUGAAAUGGACAAUGUGGUGUCUGUUUUUCCAAACACAAAGCACUAUCCUUGCACAACAAAAUCGUGGGACUUCAUAGGGCUUCCACACAAUAGCAAAAGAAUGAAUUUGGAAAGUGACAUAAUUGUUGGAGUAAUCGACUCUGGAAUUUGGCCGAAAUCGAAGAGCUUCAGUGAUGAAGGAUUUGGUCCACCACCAAAAAAAUGGAAGGGAUCAUGCCACAACUUCACUUGCAACAAUAAAAUAAUUGGUGCACAAUACUUUAAUAUCAAACGUUUCUAUAGUAAAAAAGACAUCGAAGGUCCAACCGAUGUAAAUGGGCACGGAACACACUGUGCGUCAACAGCGGCUGGAAACAUGGUUCAUUCUGUGAGCUUGCAGGGGUAUGCUUCAGGGACUGCUCGCGGAGGAGUUCCAUCGGCCCGCAUUGCUGUCUACAAAGUGUGUUGGGAAGAAAUUGGUUGCAAUGAUGCCGAUAUCCUUUCAGCAUUUGAUUCGGCAAUUCAUGACGGCGUUGAUGUUCUUUCCGUCUCUCUUGGAUCAAAGAAGGUAGUAAUAACACCAUAUUUUAAAAAUGUUUUCGAUAUUGGAAGUUUCCAUGCAAUGAAAAGAGGUAUAUUUACUGUGAAUGCCGCUAAUAAUCUUGGCCCAAAUCCUUCCACCAUGACAAGUUAUCCACCUUGGAUACUUUCCGUAGCUGCUAGCACUUUUGGUAGAAAGUUUUCUACAAAAGUGCAAUUGGGAAAUGGUGCCAUUUAUGAGGGAGCCACAAUUAACACAUUUGAUCUCAAAAGAAAAAUGUUUCCGAUCAUUUUCGCAAGAGAUAUUCCAAAUGUUGCUGGUGGAUUCAACAGUUCUCAAUCCAGGCUAUGCUCCACAGACUCGGUAGAUAAACAAGCCGUAAAGGGAAAGAUAGUCUUAUGCGAGGGCUUUGCGUCUGCUUCAGAUGUAGGGUUUUUCUCGGGAGCAGUUGGUAUAAUAUUUGGAGAUAAUUAUCCACAAGAUUCGCCAUUUAUAUUUGCAUUGCCAACAACAUUGUUGAGUCUGUGGAACUUUAGAGAAAUACAAUACUACAUGAAAUCAACAAGAAAUCCAACUGCCACAAUAUUUAAGAGUGAAGAAGUCGAAGAUUCGUUGUCCCCUUAUAUAGCUUCGUUUUCUUCAAGAGGUCCAAACCCAAUUACUCCAAAUAUUCUCAAGCCUGAUAUAGCUGCACCGGGAGUUAAUGUUAUUGCUGCAUGGACUCCACUCAACCCAAUUUCAGAAUUUGAAGAUGACAAAAGAAGAUUACCAUAUAAUAUUAUCUCUGGAACAUCAAUGGCAUGCCCUCAUGCAGCUGCAGUAGCUGCCUAUGUUAAAUCAUUUCAUCCCAAUUGGUCUCCCGCUAUGAUCAAGUCUGCAAUCAUGACUACUGCUACACCAAUGAGUCAUGCGUUAAAUCCCGAAGCUGAAUUCGCAUAUGGCGCGGGGCAGAUAAAUCCUGUUAAGGCAACAAAUCCAGGUUUAGUAUAUGAUAUCACCGAAGCAGAUUAUGCGGAUUUCUUAUGCGGAGAAGGGUACACAGCUAAACAACUACAAGUUCUUACUCAAGAUAAAAGUAACUGCAAGGUGAAAGCUAAUGAGAAAGCUGUAUACAACUUGAAUCUCCCAUCAUUUGCUCUUAAAAUAAACCUUACAAUUUUCAGUCAUGUUUACCAUAGAACGGUAACAAAUGUGGGAUCAGCAACAUCUACUUAUAAAGCAAGAAUAAUAUCUCCACCUUUGUUGGAGAUUCAAGUGAAACCUAAUGUUCUGUCUUUCACAUCUAUAGGACAGAAAAAAUCAUUCUCGCUUACAAUUGAAGCGGCAAUCAAUGUUGAAGUAAUGUCAGCUUCUUUGAUUUGGGACGAUGGUAGUCAUCAAGUUAGAAGCCCAAUUGUUGUGUAUGGGAAGUAAGAAUGAGUUCUCUGAGCCUAUAUGCAUGUGAUACAAGAAAAUAAUAAUGGCUUGUAAAAGAAGUUUUCAUAUCACAUUGUUAUGCAUAUGGAACUUUACAAAUUUGUAUGUUGUGUAAGUUGCUGGUUGUGUACGUCUGUACUUGUCUUCAAUAAAUUAAAGUUAAUGCAAAAAACUGUCUUUUGAAACUCAA